GAGGAGGCGAUGGACCAGGAUGGAUUGAAUCUUCUGUGUUGAAUGCCUCUGGAUUUCCUAUUGGAUUUCACAUUUGGAGAAAUACUUGUGAUUUAAGCCACUGUGGCAGACUGAAUUGUGGAUCCUGGGUUCCCAAGACUUUAGCUCUUGAGGAGAAGCCACUGCUUGAUCACGUUAACCUGACAUCUCAGCCACCAUGGUGCUGUCACAAAGGCAACGAGAUGAACUAAAUCGAGCAAUAGCAGAUUACCUCCGUUCCAAUGGCUACGAGGAGGCAUAUUCGGUUUUUAAAAAGGAAGCUGAAUUAGAUGUGAAUGAAGAGUUAGAUAAGAAGUAUGCUGGACUUCUGGAAAAAAAAUGGACAUCUGUUAUAAGAUUACAAAAGAAGGUAAUGGAAUUAGAAUCGAAGCUGAAUGAAGCAAAAGAAGAAUUUACAUCAGGUGGACCUCUUGGUCAGAAACGAGACCCUAAGGAGUGGAUUCCUCGUCCUCCAGAGAAGUAUGCAUUGAGUGGGCACAGGAGUCCUGUCACUCGAGUCAUUUUCCAUCCAGUUUUCAGUGUUAUGGUCUCUGCUUCAGAGGAUGCCACAAUAAAGGUGUGGGAUUAUGAGACAGGAGACUUUGAGCGCACCCUGAAGGGUCACACAGACUCUGUGCAAGAUAUUUCCUUUGACCACACUGGCAAACUCUUGGCCUCCUGUUCUGCUGAUAUGACCAUUAAGCUAUGGGAUUUCCAGGGCUUUGAGUGCAUCAGAACUAUGCAUGGUCAUGAUCAUAAUGUUUCUUCAGUAGCCAUCAUGCCCAAUGGAGAUCAUAUAGUUUCUGCCUCAAGGGAUAAAACUAUCAAAAUGUGGGAAGUCCAGACAGGUUACUGCGUGAAGACUUUCACGGGGCACAGAGAAUGGGUGCGCAUGGUGCGGCCCAACCAGGAUGGCACCUUGAUUGCCAGCUGCUCCAAUGACCAGACGGUGCGCGUGUGGGUGGUAGCGACAAAGGAGUGCAAAGCUGAGCUCCGAGAGCACGAGCAUGUGGUAGAGUGCAUUUCCUGGGCUCCCGAGAGCUCCUACUCCACCAUAUCAGAAGCUACGGGAUCAGAGACUAAGAAGAGUGGCAAGCCUGGGCCUUUUCUGCUGUCUGGAUCCAGAGACAAGACCAUUAAGAUGUGGGAUAUUAGCACUGGCAUGUGCCUUAUGACACUUGUGGGCCAUGAUAACUGGGUACGUGGAGUCCUGUUCCAUUCUGGGGGAAAGUUUAUUUUGAGCUGUGCUGAUGACAAGACUCUCCGUGUCUGGGACUUCAAGAACAAGCGAUGCAUGAAAACCCUCAACGCGCACGAACACUUUGUUACCUCGUUGGAUUUCCACAAGACAGCCCCGUACGUGGUGACUGGGAGUGUAGAUCAAACAGUAAAAGUGUGGGAGUGCCGCUGAUGGAGUUCACAGUGACCCCUUUUCCUCUGGAUGCACUCAGAUACCAUGGUUACCCAUUGAGCUCUGUUUAAAUAAAUAUUGUCCUUUCAUGUAAAUUAUUCUGGAUGUAGAUUGAGCUUAUUAAAUGUUACACACAAAGUAUUCAUGCAUGGUGAAUCCAAAUUGUAUACUGUAAAUUUACAUACGUUGUCUAGAAGUACCAUAGGUUUAAGAACAUGGGCUGGCAUUGGUCACAUCAGACCUGAGAAGGCAGAAGUGGGAUGAUUGGAAUAGGGCACUUAACUGAAUAGUUGACAGUGUCGUUAUGUCGGAUAAUUAUACCUGUUUUUCUUUCUGCUGUCUGUUGGUGCCUGAGUUGGUGACCUCAUUUGGGAAAAGUUUUGUAGGGCUCUUUCAGAAAUGUGUAUCUAUGUAACAUCACUUAAGUGUGCUUAAUAAAUCUUCUCUAAGAAUACUAGAUAAUAAGGCUGCAUUCAGAAUCUUCUGAACCUUAUAUGUAAUUAAUGGAAAUUAAUUAAACUCUGGAAUAUUUGUCAUGAAACAUUUGCCAAAUCAACAGAAAACACUUGUUUUGGCCUCCUAUCGCGCAAGGGUUGGUAUAUUUAUAGAACUGACUGUAAACCUGAAAUAAGACAACAAAUCUUAGUCGCAGCUGAUGUGAUAAAUGUAUUUAUUUUUUAUUUGGUCAUUCAAUGGUUAAGCUGUGCUGUUAAACUAAGUUUAAAUGGUUUUUUGUUUGGUUUUCUUAUUAUGCUAGACGAACUUCCAGGAGGAGUUGUCCAUCCCACUAGAGUUUAGUGAUCCAGUUUCCAGUAGAGCUUCCUCUCCCAAAUGACUGCCAUGGUCCAACUUGCUGUUUGCUUUCCAUGUUUGUUAGAGAUGUGCAAUUCCUAUUACACAGCAGGAUCAAAGGACACUUCCCUCAUUCACUGGCAGGAAAUUGGGGGUAUACAAAAGUUUCUUGGUUUCCUUAGUGCCUCCUUGGACAAUGAGGUGGUCCUCACCUUGGCAGUGUGGCUCCAGUAAAAACGUUCUGGGGUUUGCAGGUGGAGAAAAACCUUGGGCUGCAGCACUGAAAUGCUUUAAAGGAAGCACUAAGUAUCUUGAGAAUCAGCUGACAAUGGCAGGUCAGAUCCAUGCAGGCUUCUAAAAGAAAGAUGCCAUGAACAAAGCCCACACCCAUCUGUGUGAAUUAUGCUAAACAUUAAAACCAAACCCAAAUCCUAUCAGCAAAACCAGCCCAGCUCACUUAUUAGUAUUUAUGUUGUUUGGUGUACACAAUUUUUAAUUUGCAUAUCCCUAAAGUUACAUAUUUUGAUCUGAAAUGAGUGAAAAUAUUAUAAAUUAUUAUUUUAAUCAGCAUUUUUGUGACAGAUUCCAUUGUGGAUAACCAAGAAUUAUAAUACUUACCAAACUAACCAGGUCUUUUUAAAAAUCAACUUUAAAAUUGACAAUACAAUGAAGUACAAGACUGAUGUUUUAACAGAUGAAUUUGUGCUUUAUUUUAUUUCUUUGGUUUAAUCCAUGGCUUUUAAAAUGUCCCUUUUAAAGCUGAGAGUCUCUGACCAGCAUAGGGUGGGUUGGAGGGCGAACACACUGCACUGUUGAGGGGUAAACUCCCACAGUCAGCCCAGAAGGACCCGUUGUUCUGUGGCAGAGCUGGAUUGGGGUGUGGGAUCCUCUGGGAAGCGGUGGAGAAAGUGGAGUUCUGAUGUGGGGGUUUUCAGAGCCAGUUUAAGAUCCAGGCUAAUCUCUUAAAUCCAGUGAUUUCUGUCAUUCUCAGUGUGUGUUGCUACAUAAGCAUGCACUAAUAAAGUCUGUUUUGUUUGUUAGCUGCUUGGACUGGAAAAAUUUGCUGCUUUUUGUCCUAUUGGAGAAUUCCAGAUACAGAAGUAGUGCAUCUUAAAUCCCUCCAUGCAUCUGCAACUGGAAAGUAAUAACAUCUGUUUAAUUCCUGGUAGGACCUAGAAACUUUAUUUAAGUCUAAAGUAAAUCACCCUCAUGUACAUAACUCAAACCUGAAUGAGAAAUUAAAGGUACCUGUGAUGUGGAA